AUUUGCCCUGUAUAAGUAAAAUCGCAAAAAUACUGAACUAGACCAAAGUCGCACAAGAACUUGCAUACCGGAGAUAAAAUUACAUUAUCAAUAAGAUGUUAGAGGGAGAAGAGGAUUUAAUCACAACCAAUGGUACUCUACAGAAACACAUCAACACACAGGCUGAUAAAACACGUUAUAAAUGUGAUGUGUGUGGUAGAGAUUUUACUCGAGGUAGUCACUUAAAGAGACAUGUAAGAACACAUACGGGUGACAAACCUUAUAAAUGUGAUGUUUGUGGUAGAGAAUUUAGUCAAAGUAGUCACUUAAAGCAACAUAUAAGAACACAUACCGGUGAAAAAUCUAAUGAAUGUGAUGUUUGUUUUAAAAAAUUGAGUCGAAGUAGUGAUAUAAAGAGACAUAUUAGAACACAUACGGGUGACAAACCUCAUAAAUGUGAUGUUUGUGCUAGUGAAUUUUCUCAAGGAAGUCAACUAAAGGCACACAUGAGUACACAUACUGGAGAUAUCCCUCAUGGCUGUGAUGUAUGUGGUAAACAGUUUAGUUAUCUUUGUAGUUUAAAACAUCACAUAAGAACACAUACAGGCAUAAAACCCCAUAACUGUGAUGUAUGCGGUAAAUGGUUUAAUCAGCUUGUUAAUUUACAGAGUCACAUGAGAACACAUACAGGUGAUACACCAUAUAUCUGUGAUGUAUGUGGCAAAGGGUUUAGUCAUUCUGGAAGUUUUCAGAGGCACCUAAUAAUACAUACAGGUGUUAAACCCCAUACCUGUGAUGUAUGUGGUAAAGCGUUUAAUCAGCUUACUUAUUUACAGAGACACAUGAGAACUCAUACAGGUGAUAAACCUUACAACUGUGAUGAAUGUGGUAAAGGAUUUACUGGUUCUAGUAAUUUACAGACUCACAUGAGAACUCAUACAGGUGAUAAACCUUACAACUGUGAUGUAUGUGGUAAAGGGUUUAGUCAUCAUGGUAGUUUACAAAGACACAUGAGAACUCAUACAGGCGAUAAACCUUACAACUGUGAUGAAUGUGGUAAAGGAUUUACUGGUUCUAGUAAUUUACAGACUCACAUGAGAACUCAUACAGGUGAUAAACCUUACAACUGUGAUGUAUGUGUUAAAGCGUUUAGUUGUUAUAGUAGUUUACAGAGUCAUAUGAGAACACAUACAGGUGAAAAACCUUAUGGCUGUGAUAUAUGUGGUAAAGGAUUUCGUCAGCUUAGUACUUUAAAGAGACACAUUAUAACACAUACAGGUGAUAAACCUCAUGACUGUGAUGUGUGUGGUAAAGGGUUUAGUCAGCUUGGUUAUUUACAGAAACACAAGAGAAUACAUACAGGUGAUAAACCUUAUCAAUGUGAUGAAUGUGGGAAAGGCUUUAGUGAGCAAAGUAAUUUACAGAGACACAAGAGAACACAUACAGGUGAUAAACCUCAUGAAUGUGAUGUUUGUGGGAAAGGGUUUAGUCAUCAUGGUAAUUUACAGAUUCACAUGAGAACACAUACAAGUUAUAAACCUCAUGAAUGUGAUUUUUGUGGGAAAGGCUUUAGUGAUCUAAGUAAUUUCAAGAAACAUAUGAAAAUGCAUACAGGUAAAACAUGUAAACCUCACAUUUGAGAUGGCAAAGGGUUUAGUCAAUUUAGUAGUUUAAAAGAAAGUAUGAACAUCCAUACCAUGCAAUUGACUUUAUGACACAGACAGUGGUGUAUAUGACACAUGAUAACACAUACUUGUGAUAAUUUACAAAAACACAUGAGAACACAUACUAAUAAAUCAGACAUAGUUUUCGUAGACGCAUGUCAAAUCAUAAGUAAUAACUUACAUGUACAUACAACAUGUAUUAGUGAUAAUUUCCCGACACAUGAGAAUACAUACUAGUGAUAAUUUACCGACACAUGAGAAUACAUACUAGUGAUAAUUUACCAACACAUGAGAACACAUACUAGUGAUAAUUUACCGACACAUGAGAACCGACACAUGAGAACACAUACUAGUGAUAAUUUACCGACACAUGAGAAUACAUACUAGUGAUAAUUUACCGACACAUGAGAAUACAUACUAGUGAUAAUUUACCGAUAUAUGAGAACACAUACUAGUGAUAAUUUACCGAUACAUGAGAACACAUACCAGUGAUAAUUUACCGACACAUGAGAAUACAUACUAGUGAUAAUUUACCGACACAUGAGAAUACAUACUAGUGAUAAUUUACCGACACAUGAGAAUACAUACUAGUGAUAAUUUACCGACACAUGAGAACACAUACUAGUGAUAAUUUACCGACACAUGAGAACCCAUUCUAGUGGUUAUUUACCGACACAUGAGAACACAAACUAGUGAUAAUUUGCAUAGACGUAUGAGACACAUAUUAAUUAAGCAUGAUGUCUGUUUUUGAUGUAUUGUGUGUGAUGUGUGUGUGGUCUCAGAAGAGAGAUUUAUUUUGUAACAAAUAUA